CAGCGUCCUUACCCAGAAAAUGAAGAACACCUCAUUGGAAAACUACUUUUCGAAAAAUCUAGUAUAAAAGAAUAUAAAGAAAUAAUGUAUAAAAUUUGGAAAAUAAGAGAACAUAAAGUAAAAAAAAAAAUAAUAAUAUGAUAAUUAAUCACAGCUACAGACCCAGACAAAACUCAAACUAGAACACACCAGGUAGUGCCGAUAUCCAAGCUACACUUCCGAAAAAGAACUGAAUUGAACUGAGUUAACACGUCAGAAGCACCUCUAGCCAAUGACAGCUGGCAGGAAAAAAGGACAACAUAUUACUAGUAUAAUAGAAAGAAAAACUGCUUCAUAAAAUAAAGUGCCGACUUUACAUGUAUUACUACAACUGUGAUAAUAUUCAACACCAUAAGCCAGCUAGACAGGAGGAAAAGCUACAGCAUGAGCGGAAUAAUGAAAAAUAAAAGGUGAUAUUAUAUUGUGUAAUAGCGUGGUGGAGGGAGGACUUAAAAAAAAAGAGAAUGGAAUUAGUUUCUCAAUGUGCAUUUAUCACUACAGGUGCGCUGAUCUAACAACACAGCUGGACAAGAGGAAAAGUGUCGUGGGAGCGGAAUGAUGAAGGAUAAGGGGUGGAUAUAGGGGGCAGCGGGAGGACUGAAGUGAAGGGAAAGGGAGGGUGGCUAAGCUGGCUAACUUCUCUAGCAUCUACACACAUCCCUACAACUGUGCCACUCAUUCUUUCUAACACUGAAAAACCAGCGUGACAGCGGCAUAGUAAAGGGUGGCGGUGAAUAUAAGAGUAUGGAGCAGCGGGAGGGGAGAGGGAGGGGGCGACGGGCGCGCCUCCUCGCGGGGAACAACCUUCAUAGCUGCUCCUGUUACUGAAGUGAAGUGGUCACGUAGCGCCUCUCCUCCCCUCCCUGUGAAGCCUUUAGGACGUGCAGGACCCCCGGCAAUAAGGAAUCAGCGGUGUGCAAGCAGGACAGGGCGGCGUGCAAGCUGUGCAGGUCAGAGGAAGACAAAAGAAGAGGAGGAGGAGGACUUUUGGGAACCUGCCUGGCGAGGUGUGGCAGAGUGGGUAGGCUGUGGAUCACGUGACACAGCAGGGCAACACAGCACCACACGUUCCUCUCGUCCUUUUCAUCACCAAGGCCGUGAGGUGGCUGACUAAUGAGGCUCCCAAUGCUUGCAGGACAGUAAUAAUUAACACAAGCACCCAAGUGACUCGUCCUCGCCGCUCCCUGACGCAGGACACGCGCUCAGGCUCCAGAAUUAUUGUACAAAACGGUUCAGUGCAUCCCUCAGCAUUUUUCCCUCCCUGGUAACCUUUCCUCACCCCUGUACCCCCUCCUUUACCUACCUGUACGCACCCCCCUUCCCCGAGACACUGGCGCACCCCGUGGCAGACUGCGUGGCCAUGGAGGUCAUCCUGCCGCCCGGCAACAUGGGCGGCUGGGACCAGCACCACCAUCACCAGCCACAACAACCGCCGUUGCCGCCACCACCACAACGACAACCACAGCCACAGCCACAGCCACAGCCGCAACAGCAGCCACAGCAACAGCAACAGCAGCAGCAGCAGCAGCAGCAGCAACAACAGCAGCAGCAACAGCAGCAGCAGCAACAGCAACAGCAGCAACAGCAGCAGCAGCAUUCACCUCCGCAGCCGGAGCAGGACCAGUCUCGUGCUGUGCUGGGGGCGGGAAUCCUGCACUGUGACUACUGUGGGGAGGAGCUAUACAGCCACGUGGUGCACGCCUGCAGGAAGGCCUUCAAGUGUGCCGAGUGUGGCAAGGGCUUCAGCCACAAGAGUGCUCUCACCAAGCAUGAGUUCACCCACACAGGCAUCAAGAACUUCCAGUGCCUGGAAUGCGGGGAAAGAUUCGCCCAGAAGAGCAACCUGGUGCGUCACGGUCUCACCCACAACACCAACAGGCGGUUCGAGUGCAUCGAGUGCGGCGACAAGUUCACCCAGAAGAGCAACCUGACGCGGCACAAGCUGACGCACUCCAGCGUCAAGAACUUCCAGUGCCAGCAGUGUGGGGAGCGCUUCACCCAGAAGAGUAACCUGACCAGACACGCACUCACACACUCCACCUUCAAGAGAUUCCACUGCCAGGAGUGUGGGGAAAAGUUUACGCAGAAGAGCAACCUCAACAGACACAUGCUGACCCACAACAGCGUCAAGAACUUUGAGUGUGAGCAGUGCAGGGAGAGGUUCACCCAGAAGAGCAACCUGAACCGUCACCUGCUGACACACAGCAACAUAAAAAACUUCGAAUGCCUAGAGUGCGGGGAGCGGUUCGCCCAGAAGAGCAACCUCAACACGCACACCCUUGCCCACGCUGGGGUGAAGAAAUUUGAGUGCGAAGUGUGUGGCAAACUGUUCAGCCUGAAGCACAGCCUCACCAACCACGCCCUCAUUCAUACCGGUGCUAAGGAUUACCAGUGCGGAGUGUGUGAGAAGAGGUUCACCCUCAAGAGGUACCUCAGCAGACACAUGCAGACACAUAAACCUGAGAAAAAAGAAUGAAUGUCAACCGUGUGGGACCAGGUGCCGCAGCGGGAGGCCACCGCUCCGGCUGAGCACCCUGUCGCCCACACAAGUGACGCAAACCUUCAGCUCCUGGACUGGGGAAGUUUUUGGGGGAAUUUUGAAUACAACUUCAAUCACACCGGGUAAGAAUGGCAGUGUGUGGACGGGGAGAGGCGCUGCACGGCCAAGACCCUCGCUGCACGCACUUGCCACUCGUCUGUGUACCUCUGUUGUGCGCUCCCUCCUGUCACGCUGUGGUGCCGGUACUUGGGGCCCACAGCUUAAUGGGAAAGGGCACAACACAACAAGCAGCACGGUCUCUCGCACUACCACCACCACCACCAUCAUUGCUAUUCACUUGAGUAUUCCAUGUUGAUAGUUAAUAAAGCCCUAAUAAUUAUCAGCGUCAGAACUGUUUGCACUGAGGCAACUGGAGACAACCAAUUCACCAACAGUAGUCACUCCCCACGUACAAUUUCAAUUUGUGAAGUGUAGAGAAGGUUUAUACACAAGUAGCAUCAUAGGGACCUGUAAAUGCUGUCUUGUUUUUCUAAUAACCUGUACCUUCCCCAAAUUCCCUCUUAAGACACACAUAGUUUCCAGUUCCCCGACAGAGUAUUUAUAGAGGUGAGUGUGUGAGGUGCAGAGGACAGGCCGUGUUGGUGUGGCUGCUACGUGUGUUUAGAAUAAUGUUACGGUGUGAUUGAUUUGUUUGUUGCACUCCUGUCGUCACUGCAAGACCACAAUAACCUAGCCUAACUACCCUUCUCCUGGUGGUUCCACCCGACCACUCCUAUCAGUUUGGUUCCCUUAUUGGUGAACCUUAUUGGUGUUUGAAUUUGGUUACUUUAUUUUAUGGCUCUAUGUUGAUGCUAGAUAGAUGAUACAUACUUGUGAUAGAUUGAUACUGGCAAAAAUGUGUCGUUGUGUGUGUCUGUGUGUGUUUGUGUCUAAUUGUAUCAUUACUUACAUUUAAAUUAUUACUCAAGCUCUCUUUAUUUACACACAUGCACACACAUACACACACACGCACACAUUACAAAGUUAAUCAUAGUUAUUUUGCUGCGAUUGAUGUCUUUGCAGCAGUUUGAAGCAUUGGACUUAAUCUACCUAAACUGGAGUAGGUAUGGGUGAAAGGAAGGGUGGAAUGUAAAACCAAUGCAAUGAUAUACUCUGACUUACUUACGAGGGCAGGUCAAAGCUUGUGGUCUUGUGUGACGCCAGGAGUGUAGUUCAUAGUUCAACCCAACAGAUGAAAAGAUUUGUUAAGACUUAUUAUUGGGAAGUGGUGGAGGAGCCAUGGCUUGAUAAAUGGACUAAUUCUCACAUGAAGGGAAUCACACCAGUUUCUCAGGUGAUGUCUCCUCCAUUGCCUUCCCACACUUGUCACUUAUCACACAUUACUUUCAUCAACUUAUUCACGUUAUGAUGGAAAUUUGGUUGGUUUCAUUGCUUUAUUUAAUAUUUUCCUUAGUGCUUCCUCUUGACUGAAUAGCUGCAGUUGUCACAUUCACACAUUAUUACUUUCAUCAUCAUCACAUUCAUAGUUAUGGUGAAGUUGGUUUCUUUCUUUCGUUGCUUUAUUUAAUGUUUACUUCAUUGCGUUCAGUGGUGGUGGGAACAAGGGGGCAGGAAUGAAGUUCACUCCUCACAAGGCUUUAUGGUUCCUUCUCAAGAAACUGUAAAGCUAAACUAGUCUGGAAUAAACCGUCCCUGUGCCCUUGUUUCCACCGCCACUGGACCCCACGUGUCUAGACAGUGUUGCAAUGUUUAUUUGUCUGUGGAAAGCCAGACAUGUUAUUUAUGUUACCACGCCCUCGGAGAUCAGCUGUGGCAGCUCUUACGUUCCAUUCACCCGUGUGGCAGCGGUCCAAGAAGACCCCCGAGAGAUUCAAGGCCUGGGCCGAGCGUCCGUCUUGCACCUGUAAAUGUGUUGCACUCCACCGCACUGGUGGCCGAGGGCGUGUGUUGGAUUUAUACACUUCUGACUAGUUUACCCACAAGUAGGAGACAAAAGGUAGCUGGUUCCCGAGAAUGUAUAAUUUAUAAAGGAGUGAAUAGGUAGGAUGUGCAGCUCUGGCCAGAACUGAUGUCAGGACCUGAUCAGCUCUUCUUUCACUGGCUCAAGGUAAUGCUUCCUGUGUUCCUUUAGUUCCCCGCUGACUCAACACCGCAGCCCGUGACGUCACUUCUGGCCUCCACUGUGCGUGCAGUAAUGGUUACGUUAAGACUGUAAAGAGGUGAUACCCACCCCAUAUGAAUGUAGUACAUAUACUAAAGGGUUCAUUCCCUUUUAAGAAAAUAUAUAUAUAUUAUAGAGAUAAUAUUACAAAGAUGACCCCAGGGCAUGUCUGAUUAUACAUAUAAUUUAAAUAUAUUCCUUCCAGGUCAUAUUUGCCUCAUAAUCUUCAUAAAGUUAGUAUUUUAAGGAGGAGUUAUAACUUUUUAGAGUCUUUAUAAUUAAAAUAACAACACUUGAUUUUGUAAUUAAAAUAACAACACUUUUGAUGACAGUUUUGUCUCAUUCCGACUCACAACAACCAAGACACAACAAGACGGACUAACACGUCACCACUCGUUUGGACGCACUGCUGUCUCUCGUUGUGUGACGCUGCACUACAGUGUUAUUACAAACCGUUACCCUCACUAAGUUUUGACUCGUCAGUUGUGGCAUGGAAGGGACAAUGGAUGGACACUUUAUGUACACAGUGAGACUACAACACUUCUGUUUAGUGUGUGUGUGUGUGUGUGUGUGUGUGUGUGUGUGUGUGUGUGUGUGUGUAGACCAGCCCUGUUUUGAAUAUGAUACAAGUUAGACUAAGGGUUCCGUGGGGGAUUGGUGAAGUGUAUGUAUAAUAAUGGAGAUGCAUACCUAUGAUGUAUAGUGUAAAUAAAGGCAUUCUAGAAGUA